CACCGGUAUUUGCUGCGUUACUUAAAAAUGGCUGGUUCAUACCAACUUCGAUGUCAAAUUUUUGGUCAUGAAAAAGAUGUUAGAGCUGUAACCCCAUCUAUUCUUCCAGAAAAUGCUAUCGUUUCCGGAUCAAGAGACGUUACGGCACGCGUAUGGGUGCCAAUUGAAGGAGAUAAUGGAUUUCAUGAGGGACACUGUAUGAGUGGACACAGUAAUUUUGUAGCAAGUGUAUGCUGUUUUCCACCAGAUGAUAAACAUCCUCAUGGUCUUAUAUUCAGUGGCAGUAAUGAUUCAACUAUCUUAGCAUUUACACUAGAUUCACCACAGCCUAUAUAUAAACUUGAAGGACAUACCAGUACUGUUUGUUCCCUUGCAUCAGGAAAGUUUGGUACAUUAUUAAGUGGUUCCUGGGAUAAAACGGCCAAGGUUUGGCUAUCACAGAAAUGUGUAAUGACACUGGAAGGUCAUGAGUCUGCUGUAUGGGCAGUAGCUAUAAUGCCAGAACAAGGUACAAUGUUGACAGGCUCUGCUGAUAAAACUAUCAAAGUGUGGAAAGCUGGUAAAUGUGUCAACACAAUCAGAGGUCAUGAGGAUUGUGUAAGAGGUUUAGCUGUGACACAAGGAGGUGAGUUUCUCUCAUGUUCUAAUGAUGCCACUAUAAGACGAUGGCUAGUAUCUGGUGACUGUCUACAGGUAUACUAUGGUCAUGAAAAUUUUGUCUACAGUAUUGCUGUGUUACCUAACGGUGAGGAUUUUGUUACAAGUGGAGAAGAUCGUACAGUAAGGGUAUGGAGGAAUGGAGAGAACACACAGACUAUAGUACAUCCUACACUCUCUAUAUGGACUGUGUGUACAUUAGCUAAUGGAGAUAUUGUAUCAGGAGCUAGUGAUGGUACUAUACGAGUGUUUACUAGUGAUAAAAGUAGAAUAGCUUCUACAGAGGAGUUGAAGGCAUAUGAUGAUCAAAUAGCUGCAUCUCAAGUUCCACAAGAUAUCAGACCCGAGGAGCUGCCUGGUCCUGAAGCUCUAGAUAAUCCUGGAACAAAAGAAGGACAGACAAAGAUGGUACGUAACUCUAGUGGAAAGGUUGAAUUAUACAGUUGGGAUAAAAGUGUUCAACAAUGGAAGAAGGUUGGAGAUGUUGUAGGGUCAUCAGGAGGUACUACUGCUACUUCUGGCAAGACAUUGUUUGAAGGAAAGGAAUAUGAUUAUGUGUUCAGUGUAGACAUUGAGGAAGGGAAACCACCAUUAAAACUGCCAUACAAUAUAGCCGAGGACCCGUGGUUUGCUGCACAGAACUUCCUCUCAAAAAAUAAUCUUAGCCAGCUAUUCCUGGAUCAAGUUGCCAACUUUAUCCUUGAUAAUACAAAGGGUGUAACACUGAAUCAAGGAUCUGGAUCUGGAGCCGGAUACACUGAUCCAUUUACAGGUGGAACAAGAUAUGUACCUGGAUCUAGCAGUAGUACCACACAGAAUGGUGGAGUUGACCCAUUUACCGGAGCAGGGAGGUAUGUUCCUGGAGCAACCAGUGGUAAUACAGGUGCAUCAGGAGGGGCUGACCCAUUUACUGGUGGAGGUAGAUAUGUUCCUAGCUAUACAGAUAAUCAAAGAGCAAGUGGUGCAGGUGGGGGUGAUACCAAAUCUGGUGAUAUAUUUACAGGUGCUUAUACUACCGGUACAGUUAAUCCAAACUUAUCCAAGACCAAUGAAUAUUUCCCUAAGACACUGACUUUAACAUUUGAUGCUGCCAAUCCAGAGGCCAUUAUGGGUAAAUUAAAAGAGUUUAACAACAAUAUAGAAGGUGAUAAGAAGAUAGACGAGACUAGACUAGCACGUCUAGAAGGAAUAAUGAAAGAAACACUGCCCUCAGAUGAUGAUCUCAACACACUAAAAGCUGCACUAGAAUGGCCACCUAACUUUGUAUUUCCUGCCAUAGAUGUUCUUAGAAUCACUAUCAAAAAGCAAGAAAUCAACCAAGCUUUCUGUGUCUCAACAAAUAUCCUUGAAGAAAUGUUCAAAUAUUGGUCUGAUGAAUCUUCUGCUCCAACACAGAUCCUUAGUUUGAAAGUGGUAUGCAACAUGUUUGCUCAACCACAGGGGUUCAAACUAUGCAUGGAUAAUAGAGACAGAACAUUAACUCGAGCUCUUAACCUUAAAGAGUCAAAAAACAAAAAUGUUCAAAUUGCUCUUGGCACCUUGUUGUUAAAUUAUUCAGUUGGAUUAUUUGGUACUUUAGAUCUGGAAGGGAAGUCACAAACUCUUGCUGCUGCUAUGGAGUGCAUGAAAGUUAAGCCAGAUAUUGAAGCAGCUUUCCGAAUUUUUAUUGCCAUGGGAACGCUUAUACACAAGGAUGAAAGCGUUCUAAAUUUAGCUCAGUCAAUGAAUGUAAUGCCUUAUGUAGGAGAAUAUGUGAUGAUUCAGAAUCCUAAGAAGGUUGGAGAGUGUGCUAAUCUCUUAGCUGAUCUCUUUAGAUAAAAUAUGUUCAAAAUACUCCUCUGCUAGCAAUUAAUAGGUCUUUAUAGCUUUAGUGAACUAUGCACAUGUUUUAGUGUGUAGUAUAUAUAUACUACCACUGAUAUUUUAAUAAAGAGAAAAGGUAACAAUACUGUCUCCUCUGUACACAAAAUCUGUUAAGUAUGAUUCUCUGGUAAACUGAACGUUAAUUUCAAUAAUUGUACUUUAUCAGAUUUAGUCAUGAGGUCCAUUUUACCAGAAAUGCUUUUAUUAGCACACCUGAGGACAAUGUCAUCAAGGUGAGCUUUUGUGAUGGCCCAUUGUCCGUCGUCUAUUGUCCAUCCGUGCGUCAACAAUUUCUUUAAACAACUUCUCCUCCUAAACCACUUGGCCAAAUUUGUUGAACUUUGCAGGGAAUGGGAUGUUCCUUACAUGAAACUCUACCAAAGUUGUUAAAAGAAUUAAAUUCCUUGAAGAACUCUGGUUGCCAUUGCAACCCAAAGAUUUUUUUUUUAAUCUUAAAAAAUCCUCAUGUCAAAAACCACAAGGUGAGGAGCCUUGAUAUUUGGUAUUUAACAUGAGCUAGUGGUCCUCUACAAAGUGUGUUCAAAUUAUGCCCCUAGGGUCAAAAGGGGCCCUGCCAGGGGGCUCAUCGGUUAUAUGUAAAGUUAUAUAGGGAAGUCUUAAAAAAUCUUCUUGUCAAAAUCCACAAGGCGUAGUGUCUUGAUAUUUAGUAUGUAACAUACAAAGAUUGUUUAAAUAUUGCCCCUAUGGCGGGGCUUUUCGAUUAAAAAAAUCUUUAAAAACUUCUUGUCAAAAACCACAAACCCUACAGCUUUGAUAUUUGGUAUGUGACAUUCUCUAGUUGUCCUCUAUUAAGAUGAUUGUAAUAUGACCUUGAUAUAAAAUAAAUGAAGAAUACUGUUUCACAUACUUUCUUCAGGUGACCAGCAUCGAAUAUGCUGUAAAACCAUUAUAUAAAUGUCAUAAAAUUAAUACUUGCCUUUUUAAUCAAGUAAAUAUAUAUUCCUUUCCGAAAGAUAAUGUGCAUAACACUAGUGCUUAAUGAUGCUGCAAUGAGUAUAAAUGUUCACUUAGUUAUCUGUCAUAAAAAAAGGGAUUGCAUGAAGUGGAGAUUCUGUCAUGAACUCUCUGAAAGAGACAUUUAUUUGAGAAAAUGAAAUUGAAGAUGUUUUGUUCCAAUAAAUUGAUUAAAUUAUUUAUUUACACU